AUAAAAGCUCUUUGGUGAGAGGCAGUGAGCAUGUUUAGACUCCAACGAGCUGAUCUCUUGCAUCUCCUGCCUACACACCUUCUCUGACUGACCACAGCCAGCAUGGCCGAGAGACAUAUUCCCUUCACCAUGCAGCGGACCCACAGCUGGGACCCAUUCCGAGACAUGAACCACACCAGCCGCAUCUUUGACCAGGCAUUUGGCCUCCCGCCUGUGUUUGAGGACUUCCCCGCAUUCCCCACCACCCACUGGCCUGGGUACAUGAGACCAUCCCUCAUGGGCCCGGACAUCAUGAUGCCCCAGAGCCACAUGAUGUACCACCCCGGCCAUAUGAUGGCCCAGCAAGCCAGGGCCAUGUCCCGGCAAAUGAGCAGCGGGAUGUCUGAGGUCAAGCAGACACCGGACAACUGGAAGAUCUCCCUGGAUGUCCCCCAUUUCUCACCUGAGGAGCUGGUGGUGAAGACCAAAGAUGGUGUUUUGGAAAUUUCUGGCAAGCAUGAAGAAAGAAAGGAUGAGCAUGGUUUUGUGUCAAGAAGCUUCACCAGAAAAUACACUCUGCCACCUACAGCAAACUUCGAGAAGGUAACCUCCUCCCUAUCUCCCGAGGGUGUCCUGACUGUGGAGGCUCCAAUAAACAAGCCAGCCAUCGAGUACUCCGAGACCACCAUUCCUGUAAAUGUGGAGAAGUCAGGCGCUGUGGCUAAGAAGUAGAAAGAAGAGCAGGACCUCACGUCUCUAAAACCCCUUGAUAUCAACCCAUCCACACACACACACACACGCACGCAC